GCGGGCGGGCGUCUAGGGGAGCGCAUGGCUGCCAUCAGCCGGUCACUCCAUCUGGCCACUCACCCAGCGUACCGCAAAAUACUUUUUCCCAGUCCGUCCCCCACCGCCCCAUGGGGACCAAGAACUUCGUGUUCGGCUGCGAAGCCAAACGCGUGGAUUGGGAAGCCGAGCGAAUCAAGGCAGGGGAAGUCGAACCCUUGGGUCGCUGGGAGCAGCCGGGCCUGGAGUGGCCUUCUUUCGAUUCCCAGGAUACAUUUGCUGCUGCUGCUUCUCCCCACUGGUCUAAAUGGGUUGCUCCGCCUACUUCCUCCCCACCUUCCAGAGCGCAUUGGAACGUUCCAUUGCCUCUCCGGUCCCCUGCCUCUGUUGCAGGGGACGCUCGCACGGUUGCCAGGGAAAGCCCGGACGUGACGGCUUUGCGCGACCCCGAGCAGCCCUCCCCCCUCCCACCCGUCAUCCCCCUGGCGCUUUCUUCUCUCACGCUUUCCCUCCCCCUUGGGUUCCAGACUAGGGAGAAGUAAACAUCUGGCUGAGUGAGACCUACAGACCAGGCCAGGCGGGAGCAUGCUGGGGCUCUGGGGGCAAAGGUUCCCCUCGGUGUGGGUCCUGCUCCUGUUGCCAUUCCUGCAGCUGCUGCUGCCUGCAGUCCCCGCGUCCCACAGCGCUUCCUACAAGCCGGUCAUCGUGGUGCACGGGCUCUUUGACAGCUCAUACAGCUUCCGCCACCUGCUGGAAUACAUCAAUGAGACACAUCCUGGGACUGUGGUGACAGUGCUCGAUCUCUUCGAUGGCAGAGAGAGUUUACGGCCUUUGUGGGAACAGGUACAAGGAUUCCGAGAAGCUGUGGUUCCCAUCAUGGCAAAGGCUCCUGAAGGGGUACAUCUCAUCUGCUACUCCCAGGGGGGUCUGGUGUGCCGGGCACUGCUCUCUGUCAUGGAUGACCACAAUGUGGAUUCUUUCAUCUCACUCUCAUCUCCACAGAUGGGACAGUAUGGAGACACAGACUAUUUGAAGUGGCUAUUUCCCACCUCCAUGCGGUCUAACCUCUACCGAAUCUGCUAUAGCCCUUGGGGUCAGGAAUUCUCCAUUUGCAACUACUGGCAUGACCCUCACCAUGAUGACUUGUACCUCAAUGCCAGCAGCUUCUUGGCCUUGAUCAAUGGAGAAAGAGACCAUCCCAACGCCACUGCAUGGAGGAAAAACUUUCUUCGUGUGGGUCGCCUGGUGCUCAUUGGGGGUCCUGAUGAUGGUGUCAUUACUCCCUGGCAGUCCAGCUUCUUUGGUUUCUAUGAUGCCAAUGAGACAGUCUUGGAGAUGGAGGAACAACUGGUAUAUCUGCGGGAUUCUUUUGGGUUGAAGACUCUCUUGGCUCGGGGGGCCAUAGUGAGGUGUCCAAUGUCUGGGAUCGUCCACACGGCCUGGCAUUCCAACCGCACUCUUUAUGAGACUUGCAUUGAACCUUGGCUCUCCUGAGGACAUCCUCAGAUGUCUCCAGAACUCCCCAGCCCAGAGACCAAGUGGUGGCCUUGGAAACCAGAUGUCAGGCUCUGGCAUUGGCAAUGACCACCUCAUUGCUCUCACACUGCCCCCACAUCAACCAGGGCUCCCAGAACCCCCAUCCUUUGCUCCUCCAUGAAUGACAAGUCCUGGUCCCCCUACCUCAUGUUUUCUAGUUUGGGGGUAGCUCCAUGCUCUCCCUUUCUCCCAAGACCGAGGUUGGGAAAUGAGAACCAGGUUUUUAACUUGUGGCUGCUCCUGCUGCUGCUGCUGCUGCUCCUCUGUAUCUGGCUGUACAGGAGGAGAACCCAGCCCCUGCCCACCACAGGGGUCUCCUUCCAGGCCACUCAGGACAUUUUUAGCUUAUGUUCUCCCCAUGUUCCCUUUUCCUCUGAACUUCCCUGUUGUCAGCCCUCCCUACCCACAAGAGGGACACCCAUGAGUGGGGUUCUGAGGCUCCCCUAUGGGGACAGUUCCGUUCUUGAAAUGUCAGUGUUGGGGACUAUCUGUGGCCUGCGAGGCCCAUCUCAGGUUUUGGGAUCCCCCAGUCCCUAGGAUCAGUGUUGGGGAAUCCCUGGGAGCCUAAUUUCUUUGAGGCCCCAGCCCCUCUUUUAACUACCCUUGUAUGGGUAUGUCCCCUGUAUUUAUGGAAAUAAAGUUCCAUUUCCUCA